GGUGAACCUCAAGACAAAAAGCAAUAAUACUUUUUUGCCCAAUACCCUACGUACUAAGAUAACCCAGGUGUGGAAUCACUUUCCUGAAGAAGUUGCUGUUUAUAGCAGUGUGGGCGUUUGUGUGUGUGUGUCUGAAGGAAAUAAUUGCAUGUUUAAAUAUUAAAAGAAGCUAACUAAUACGCAAAAAACGCAAGUGAUCAUCACAUAAAAGGGCAAAAGAAAGCUAAAUGCACCAAUGAAGCAGAAAGGAAUAUUAGAAAACAAUGAAAGACAAAACCAAGUACAGGAAAAAAAAGAUGGUUGAAAAGCUAGCAUGACGCAUUUCGCUCGAGCGUCUGUCCGAAAAUGGUGUGCCUUUAGUUUGAUGUUCAGUUUAACAAAGAAAUAUCGUUACACCCAGAACGCGAUGACCAACCGGGAAUGAUGGCAAAGCAAUUAUCUGACUUCCGAUGUGCGCGCAUUGUGGUGGAAUGUGGCGGCGACCUACACACAAAAAAAGGGGGGCAAAGAAACCACCCAUGUGGCUAGCAAUCGAUUACUUGCUGCGCCCUUUCGGUCGUUUAACCUUUUGGAGCUUCCAGCCACCACCACCCCCGAGAGACACUGACACGAAGAAGAAUCCGGGCGGACAUUGUGAGGGAAGGAUAUCCUUUUGCGUGACGAUAAAUUCCUUUCGCCUCUUCUAGUCGUUGCUUUGGGGGAGGUAGAAGAAAUGGGACACACCCAACGGUUUUAGUGCUAGUACCACCCGGAAUAUGGUGGGUUAGGCUGUGGGAGUGUGUCUGUGUCUGUGUACAAGGAUAAAUUGUUAGUCCUGGUGUGCGAACGAUGACACCAGCAACAAGUCAUUAGGGAGAAUCUUUACCCGUUUCCGCAUGCUUCCUCCAUAUUCCGCCCCAAAAGGAGUGGAGUGAAUCGAUGGCUGUAACGAACCCCCCCGAAGAGUGUCGGGAAUGAAUCGAGUCCGUUUAGUCGUUGUUGCGCUUUCGGACGGUGUGCACCACUGCCAUACGAUGGGUAACAAAGUGGUCACCUUCACCGACCAGCAGCUGGAGGACUAUCAGGACUGUACGUUCUUCACGCGCAAGGAGAUACUGCGCGUGCAUCAGCGGUUCCACGAGGCCAGCCCGGACCUGGUACCGGUCAUUAUGACCGAGGGACAGGCCUCCACCAUACAGGUGCCGCGGGAACGCAUCGAACGGUUGCCCGAGCUGGUGGAGAACCCGUUCAAGGGCCGCAUGUGUGAAGCGUUUUCGCGCGACGGCGACGGUAACCUGACGUUCGAGGACUUUCUCGACCUGCUGUCCGUGUUUAGUGAGCAGGCGCCGCGUGACAUUAAGGUGUACUACGCGUUCAAAAUUUACGAUUACGAUCGUGACGGGUUUAUAGGGCAGUCGGAUCUGCUGAACGUGAUCACUGCGCUCACGCGCAACGAGCUAUCGCUGGAGGAGCACCAGCAGAUAGCGGAAAAGGUUAUCGAGGAGGCGGACGUGGAUGGGGACGGGAAGCUGUCCUAUCUGGAGUUCGAACACGUGAUAACGCGAGCGCCCGACUUUAUAUCGACGUUUCAUAUUCGUAUCUAGUGUUUUUUGAGUGUGUUCAUUGUUUUAUCAAAUAUGAAAGAAUUUAUUACAGUUUUGCCGUUUGGAAGAGUAUUUGAAUAAAAAUAAAUAUGUGUGGCCUUCCUGAUGUAAUGCACAAUAAAAUACACAUCAGAUAAAAAUGUUUGUUACAAUCCUACUCCCAUGCUCACGUGUUUGACACACCUGAAUGUAAAGAUGGAGCAUGUUCGCAGAGUACCUUUUCAAAUGAAGGUGCACCUGCACUAUACUGAUUCUGAAUCAUUACCGGAAGUUUUUUUUUCUUUAUUUUUAUACAGACUUUGAGCCAAUUGGCCUCAUUCGCCUCUUGUUACCGGAAGUGAAAAUGAAUUAUAACCCAUAACAGUCCUGAGACUGAUCCUGCACCCAUACUGACCAUGGAACUGAUACCACAUUCCUCUAGGUGCUGGAACUGAUUCCCAACCCAUACUAGACCUGAUGUUAGUCUUGAAAUCAUACGGACCCUGAAGCUGAUCCUGGACCUGUAUUGGUUUUGGAGCUGAUCCUGUCCAUGCCGAUCCUUAAACUGACCUCGAAUCCACAUCACAUACCGAAACUCUAUCGGUCCUAGAGAUCCGGAAUACGUACCAAUUCUGUAACUCAUCCCAAGCCUGUACAUAUUCUCAACCUAAGCCUCCGGUGCUUGAGCGUUUGUGAAGUCAUAUACGGACAUCACACGGGGUGUAAACUUUGGUUUAAACUGGAUUUCAGCCAUACAACCCUAUAAUCUUUUGACAGGAAGUUUGCGCUCUCCCAUUCAAAUCAAGCGUACUCUUUUUGAGUUUACGUUUCGUGUGACGUAGGUAAUAGGCGAGCUGCAGGUAGUGUCCUGUCUAUUGUGUUGAUUGAUAUCCUUUCGCAAGAUAAUAGAGACAUUUUUAAACAGAAAACAGAAUUAGAAUUUAGUGACUGUUGGGUUAAAUGUACAAUUUUAAAACCUACCAUCAAGUAAUGCUCAUACCAUCCAGUAACUGGCAUAGUAGAAGAGGAAACAACUCCCAUAUGUGCGCGAAAUGUGCAAUUAGCGUCGGACUGAAGCGAGAGAGAGAAAGAAAGAGAGAGAGAGCGAGAGAGAGAGAGAGAGAGAGAGAGAGAGAGAGAGAGAGAGAGAGCAAGAGAAAUGCGGUCUCGUCUGCAAAGUACAAGCAAGAGUACGUUCACCGAGUACGCCCAUUGAAAAAUUAACGAAAUGAAAAGCAUUUUCGUGAAAUCGAAUUCAAACUGAACGUUAGAACGAAAUAUUUCAACCAAGCUUAACGGGAUAUUUUUAAAUUUGUUUAGCGAAUUGAAUUAUUUUCUUAUAUGGCCACUGUUAGCAGUUGUUUACAAUGAUUUUUAUUUAGCAUAAAGGAAAAAUUCUGCCUGGAAUUUAAAAACAUCAGUUUCUCAUAAAACAAGAUUAGGUAGAAUUUGUAAAUAAUGCAACCAAGAAGAAAAUGAAUGGUAACAUAUUGUUUUCACUAAUGUAUAAAUAAAUCUAGACGAUUUAUGAUUUCUCCUUUUAUCAAAGAUUCACUUCAUUGAAAUUGAAAUUAUAAUCAUCUUGUUGGCUCACAUUCAACAUACGACUGAAAAGUGAAUGAUUUGACAAGGUUUGAUAGUUUGAAGUCGAUAUUUGAGCAAUACUGAUAAGCCUAUCAGACAACAUUUUUAGCUGAUUGUUCUGUAAAAUAUUGCUCCAUCUAAUAAGUGAUCAAAUACGAAAAUUUGGCAUACAUGACACAUUUACGUGAUGAAAUACAUGCUCUUUAUAUGGUUUUAAAAGCGUGCCCGCUAUUGUAAACGUAAAUUACAAAAUAAAUUAUAAAAAUAUUAAUUUCUGAAAAAUGGAAAAGAAAUACGCGUACUGAAAUACGUCGGAACUCUUAAAAUUAUCAACUCAUAGUAAGUUGGAAUUAAAAUCUUUGGCCACUCAAGUACUGUCUUAAAAACCACAUGUUCGCUGCAACGUGUAAUAACAAGGAAUUUUAAAAAUAAAUUUGCAUAUCGAAUCAAGAAAGCACAAACACGAUUGAGAAUGCACGUGGACUGGCAUCCAUUGGUACCUGGUAAAUGAGAAUAAAAACAAUGUAUCUACAUAUUGUGCUGAUCCACCUGUGCCAAAGGAAAUGCGGAACAACGAAUUUGAACAACAAUUCCCUGGAGAUGUUAAUAAAGUUAAUUAAAACUGGAUGACCUCCCGAUGCGUACCGAUUUUAUUAAUAUUUCUGUUCAUCGUUGUCAUCGCUUUGCUAGUGGUGGAAGUAAAUAAAAAAACCGACCACACAUGUAUCCCGCAAUGUGGUUUAUGACGUGAGGGUGAUUGUUUUUUGGGACACCAUUGAAAGAGAAGCUUUUAGCACGCUGUUGCUAAUGUUGGUGGAACCAUGAUACAAAAAAAAACCCAACCAGUAAGGCCACCUCGUCGUUGAAAUGAUCCCACACACCAUACAAACAUGCAAUUGGGACUGGGUUGGUGGGAUUUAAAUUUGCUUAACCACCUCCUUUUAUACAAACAUACAUCACGUCGUGGCGAUCUGAUCCGUUCCGAUGAUGCGAUAUUGAGCCCGAUAUCGCCGAUACACGUUCACGCUGCCGGUCGAGGUCACCAUAAAUCUUUGCAUAAUCGAAUCGAAACUUAAUCACUCAAUCUUUUCGCAUGCACGCGGUAGCUGGAGCGGGAACGGAAACGGGUGAGAAUGGUGCGGCGUGAUCGGUGGCUUCAUUUCUGAUGGUCACCGCUUCCGUAUAAUUGAUGACACGCAUCAUUACGGGCCUCGGGCAGAUGGGUAAAAAACGAGGCAUAAAAAGAGGAACACAUUAAUGUAUUUGAUUUGUGUGUGACGCUGGAUGACCGUGUGCUUAUGUUGCUUUGUGCGUCACUAUUACAACGGGGCAAUCGGUUUGAAAGUGAUCCAAUGUUAUGGUUGUUUUAUUUACGUGUGUGUAUGUUUUUCACAGCAUCGAUUGAAUCAUUGAAUCUAAUUGUGCAUAAAUAAUGCUGUUGAAUGGCAAGUAGUGUAAUAUCAGAAUAAGAGGAGAGAGUAAGAUAGUUAUACAAAUAGAUGAGAAAAAGAGUGAAAAAUUGAUUGAACAUUUAUAACAAAACAGUACUACUAAAACAGGGUUAGGAAAUUGAUGAUAUAAAGUAUAAAAUGAAGGGCAAAUUUAAGAAAUAGUUUUGUUUAAUACUAUAAGAUUGUUAAAUAAAUUAGAUUUCACAUAAGUGACACGUAAGCAAAUAUACCAAAUUCUAUUUUUUACAAGCAAUUGU